CCAAAUUCUGUGCUUAGUGCUAACGUACGAUGGGUUCCCACGGAAUUUUGUACAAAACGUGAUAAUUAGGCGGCUAUAUCAUAUAAAACGGCGAGACUAUAAUCUGUGGACGAACCAGUCAGGCAUAAGAUAACAGAUCUCGGAUUUGAGCACAAAAAAAGCCUUUCAUCCAUUUGGCCGAAAAUAUUUCUGGCAUUACAGCUGAUGUCAGUUCGUGAUGAAAACACCAUAUAUUAUUCCUAACUGAGAUAAAUUAUGACAACUAUCACGAACUGGAUAAUAAAAGUAUCAGUAAUACUGCCUACAGGCAUAUACUACAAUAUAUAAGGAAGAUUGGAAGGCCUACAGACUCCUACAUAGGCUUGGUUAUGUGCAUCGUGUCGUCAUCCACAAGUAGCAUUUUGUGUACUGAACAACCGAAGUGCACAUAAACAAUAAUGAAACUUUGUAGUCAAGGCUGAAAGAGUUUUUGACGGUCUAUCAUGGCUCUGGCGUAUGAAUGAUUUCCUCUACCGCAUGCAUUACCAUUUAAGAACCUCUGAACCUAUUUUUGAACUCGACAAGUUUUUGAACCACGUAUAAGAAGUGUAUCCAUUAUAUUUCCUUGGUUUUGUUUAAUAUAUUUCCACUACAUACUGUUCACUGAUUGAAUAAUAUUCUCAAGGUCACUAAACAUUCGUUCAAACGUCGUCCAUAAAUAAGUCUCGUCGUUCCUUAGUCUUUGGUUUAUUGGCAAGAUAUCUUGUUUCAGACCUAACACAAGUCUCGACGCUUCAAGCCAUAAUCUAACUUACUUAGUGUCUCAUGUUUAUUUUACACACUGAACUAACACAACUUUAAAGCCCUUUGGAACCCAAUCGAAGCUAGCUACCUGAAGUAUCUUAUGUGUUGAGUUGUUCAUUAAGUCAUUUAUAGAGUUAGUUAAUGACAAACCAGCUGACAUAUAUUUCAAUGUUUGCUGUUUUACACCAUUAACAUUAAUUUUGAUCACGUCACGAAGAGAUUCUGAUAGUCUGGGUAGAAAUGAAAGAACACGCAAUAUUUUAAGGAUGUUUCGCGUCGUAAUAUGAUAAGACCUAUUAAUUCAGUAAUCGAUGGUUCUUUAUCAUUUUUUGGCUUUGAUUCUCGUGAAACUACUAUUGAGGAUUGGAAUGAACGACGGUUGAGGUAUUUAAUAAAACGUUAUGGAAGCAUAAAAGGUGAUCGUUUAACAGUUCUGACUGCCUCUCCAGCUCUAUGCGAUAUAUCGAGAUCGUCGUUAAGACAUCGUCUGGCUUCAAGUUCACAUUCUGUACCAAUGAAGAUUAUCAACAGACGAAAAGUCUCUUUUGCUAAUUCUUCUGUCGUGCCACCGAUUGAAUCUCAGAGACCGGUUUAUCUACGUGAAUUGAGUAGUAUCACGAAUUUUAGUCUCCCAGUUGCACCUGCUGCAACUUCUGCUCAUAAACCGCACGCAAUGAAAGUUAUCCUAUCAGCUAUGUGGAAUCGUCGAAUGUUACGAACUCGUAAAAAGUUGGAAGGCAUUGAAGUUAAUGACACUGGAUUUGAACGCUUUCAUUCAGCUCCAACUGGUAGAAUAUUCUUAUUAGAUACAACAGAUACUCAUUUUAACAAUGAUAAGUGGGUAGCUCUUAAAGAUGCUAAAAAUGAAGAAACACCAUUUCUAGCUGUAUCGUCAACAAUACCAGUCGGUGGUGAAACUAGUGUUAAUACUGUUAAUGAUAACAGUCAUAAUGAUAUAAUCAGUUAUGAUGCUUCGAUGGAGCAACAGAAAUCAAAUGAUAUUGUCGAUGGUCAUAAUGAUAAUGUUAUUAUUUCCCAAUGUAGUCCGUCAUCAUUUGAUCUACCUGCUGCAUAUUCAUUUUUUCAACAUUCCAGUAGUUCUACCACUCGAGAAAUAAUCGGAGAAAAUCGCCCACGACCAAGUACCACAGUAUCACCGAUAAAUUUUCGUCCCACUCCAGUAGUAAUUCCAUCUCUUUCAAGGCGUUUAACUGAAAGCUUAUUGACUCCAACACGUUGGGCUUCAGCAAUUAUCUAUCCGCAUAAAGAUAAUUUUACAGAAGAUAUUUUUCGUAAUAAAACAACUGAAUAUAUAGAGUAUAGACCAUAUUUUACAUAUUGGAUAUCAUUUAUUCAUAUAUUGAUUUUUAUUGCUGGUUCAAUCGGUUACGGAUUUGCACCAAUUGGUUUGGGGAUAACUACACGUAUUGUUGGCAAAGUGUUACUGCCCACAUUGACUAUUGAUCAAGUUUGUUGGAUAGAAUAUGAAAAUUUAUGGAUAGGUCCAAGGCAAACAGAUUUAGUCCGAUUAGGUGCACGUUUUCCGCCUUGUAUGCGAUUCGAUCCAGUAUUACAUAAUUCAGUGAUUAAACGUCAAAAGAAAUUUGAUCGUGCUUCGGGAUGUUGUAUUCGUAAUGAUGGUGGUGGUUGUUAUCAGACGCAUAGAGAAGUAUGCUCUCGUACACUAGCUACAUGGCUUCAUUAUGAAACAGUUAAUUUCAGUAGGCCACAAACUAAAGAACUACUUUCGACUAAUAUUGCAGAUCGUGAAAUUCACGUACAUAUAUUGAAGGCUUCUCAUCCUGAAAAUAAUUCUCACAGUCAUAAUAAUAAUAUAUCAAGUAUUAUACAUUCUCUACGUUCAACACGACUUGUUGGUCAAGCUGGACCUGUAUGUGGAUUAGAUCCAGAUUUUUGUGCUCGACCACGUUCUAUUGGAGCAUUUGCUUGGUCCGAGACAGAUGUUACUAAAUGGCCUAUUUGUGAAUUACCUGAUACUGUACCAAAUAUGGGUGGUUAUGCACCACAUAUGGAAUGUCAAGUAACUGGUCAUCCAUGUUGUUUGGGCAUAAAAGGUGAAUGCAUUAUGACUACACAAGAACAUUGUGAUUUUGUUCGAGGCUUUUAUUAUCCAAAUGCUGCACUAUGUUCACAAGUGAAUUGUUUAAAUCAAAUUUGUGGUAUGUCACCUUUCAUAAAUAAUGAAUACCCAAAUCAAAUGUAUCGAAUAUUCACUUCACUAUUUCUCCAUGCUGGUGUAUUACAUUUAAUCUUGUCCCUUGGUGUUCAAAUGAUUUUUAUGCGAGACUUGGAAAAAAUGAUUGGUUGGCAUCGUAUCACUUUAGUGUAUAUUUUAUCCGGUUGUAUUGGAAGCUUAACAUCUGGAAUAUUCUUACCAUAUCAACAUGGGAUGGAUUUUCUUGAGAAAUACGUUUGUGUGUUGGAGUUCCAACAGAAGAGUUUCUUCAGUAAUUUUAGGUAGAAACUGGACCUACAAGUGCACAGUUCGCUUUACUUGGUGUCACUUUAGUUGAUUUUAUACAUUGUUGGAAUUGUUUAGCACAUCCAUGGUAUGCAUUACUAAGAAAUAUUUUACUGGUAUUUAUAUUAUUCACAUUUGGUUUGUUACCAUGGAUUGAUAAUUAUGCAAAUGCUGGUAGUUUUCUAUCUGGUAUUUUAUUAUCAUUUAUUUUAUUACCAUUUCGUGGUUUCAUUUAUCCACCUGUAUCUCUUAGUGCAUCCAUAGCUACAUCAGUUAAUCAAAAUAUAUUUGAUAAUAAUUAUUAUAAUACACCUAUAACAUCACCAACAACACCAUCUAUUCUAUUUAAUUUCAAUUUAUCUGAUAUAAAUCGUAAAAGUUGUACAUCAUUACAACAUCAUUCCUCUAUGCAUCCACAAUAUCUUCAACAACAAUUACAAUUACAACAACGAAAUUCUAAAUGUAAUCAUCGUUGUUUUAUUAUUAUAUUAUGUUCCAUUCUAUGGUUAAUAUUAUGUAUUGGUUUAAUUCUUAUGUUUAUAUGGGGUCCAAUUAUUAAUUGUCGAUAUUGUAAUUAUUUUACAUGUUUACCAUUAACAUCAAAUUUUUGUGAUAAUUUACAAGUUAAUGUAAAACAACGAUCUGAUUGUAUUUUACCAAAUUGGAUUUAACACAAUUUAUUUUGUAUCAGAAUUAUAGUCAUUUCAAUCAUUGCUAUCAUAAGUCAAUUGAUGCUAGAUUAUCAUAGAAAACGUGGAAAUGACCAUCCAAUGCUUCUAGAUUUUCCAUAGUGAUCUAGCUUCAAUUGACUCAUGAUCUCAAUUAUUGAAAUUUUCAUAAUGUACAUCUUCAUUAUACAAUAUUGAUCAAAUAUCAUAACGUUUCAACAGAUACAUUAAAGUAAUUUGUUUUUUAUUUUAUUAAAAUAAACUAUUUUUGGAAAUCCACUUUUUAGGUAUCUCUUCUUCCUUUGUGUGUGUGUGAAAAGACACCACUUUUGUUUGUAUUGUUGAAUAUUCAGUUUAUAAAUAUAAAUUUCGUAU